UGUUAGUAGAGUCAUAUUAAAAGUACACAAUUUUUAAAAUCAUAAGAAUGUUCUUCUGUAAAGGUAAAAAAGAAGUAAUAAGGAAAUCAUGAAAUUUCGCGGGGUGAUUUACGAAUCUUUAGCACUCAAAGAAUUUUAUAAUAUCGCUUGUACUCUAUCGAAACUAUCAAAAGAAUGUGUAUUACGAAUCACAGAAACUCAUCUAUACUUCAUAAUAACCGAUGACACGUUAGGAAUAAAUAAACCAUCAGUAUGGUGUGAAUUACCAGCAAAACAUUAUUUUAGAGAAUAUAAUAUGGAGGGUGUUUCACCAGAAUACAAUGAAAUUUAUUUAGAAUUUUCACCUGCUUUGUUAAUGAAAUCGUUAACGUUUGUUAAAACGAGUGUUAAGUCUUUAAAAUUAAAGUUGACUAGUAAAUCGACUCCAUGUUUAACGAUUGAAAUAGAAUGUGUACAAUGUAUUCAUGAUAUUCCAGUAAAAAUUAUUUCACAAAGAUUGUGGGACUUAUUCGAAGAACCAGACCAUUUAGAUUAUAACAUAACAAUUGAAAUGCCUGGAUUAAAAUCAAUAAAAAAUAUGACAGAACGUUUAAAAUCAUUAAGUCAGUAUUUAAUUAUAUCUGCAACAAAAAAUGGUCAAUUUAGUUUAAGUAUUGAAACGACUUUAGGUCAUGUAGCCACACACGUACCAAAUUUACAAGUAAAAAAAUUUACCGGUGUUCCACAUACAGAUUCGCAAGAUUCGAAUGAUGAUGCAAUGGAAGUACGUGCAAAAAUCGAUAUAAAAAAAUUUUAUACAUAUUUUUCAAGCCAACAUAUUACAUGUAAAAAAAUGUAUUGCAGUAUUAUUCAUGAAAAAUUGGUUAAUAUUUAUUUAGAAAACGAUUCACUAAGUAUGCAGUUUUUUAUACCGGAGCAUGAUGAUUAAAACCAAAUAAAGUUGUUGUGUAUAUAAAUUUAUUUAAAAAAAUUU